CGGCGGCUCCUGAUCUCCGUCUCUCGGGGGUCGAUUGCGUUGCCUGCGCCGACGGCAGCUCCUCCUCCUCUUGCCAGUGGCCGGCCCAGGAGUGGAGACCGGAAGUUCAUGCAAAGGCGGAAGCGCGUUCAAGUAGAGUCAGGUGCUGCCUUUGCCGGGCAUCCCGCGUUCCCUCCGUCGCUGUUUGUUAUUGUUGUUGUUGUUGUUGUUAUUGUUGUUGUUGGACCACUGGUGGUGUUGGUGUCACCUCCCUGCUAAAGGAGGCAGCCUGCUAAAGGAGGCAGAAGGCAGAAGGCAGGAGCUGCCUGGCUGGGAUACAGGGAAGAAGAGAGUUGCAAGGGCAGCCACCGGUAGAAUUCAGUGCGUUUGGAAUUUGGUGCCCUUUUCUGUCUUCUGGGAAGAAUCUUAUGUUGCAACUGCGGCUUGAAGUCACGAUGGAACUGUGAAGGGGGAAGGGAAAGAACUGAGAGUGCACUUGAAAUGCACUCCUGAGUCUUCAUUUGCAAGCCUCAGGUUUAAAGGAUCCAUGAAAUGGCCACAGAUGACAAAGCAUCUCCAACGUUGGACACUCUGAACGACCUGCCCUACUCUCCUGGCAGCCCGUCUCACCUUACGCACUUCAAACCUUUGACUCCUGACCAGGAUGAACCGCCAUUUAAAUCUGCAUAUAGUUCUUUCGUGAAUCUCUUUCGUUUCAGUAGAGACGAUGGUCGUCUUGCUUCCUCCGUGGAGAGAGCAGAGACAGGACAGGGUGAUCAACAGACGCUGAAUGCAAGUUGGUCAAGUCCGCAACAUACUUUGAAGUCGCAGUCCCUAAGGUCGUCACCUGUACCUUACAAAAAAAACCAGCCCUCUGGGGAGUUGCAGAGAAGAUCUUCAGCAUCUUUAGACACUCGAAGAAAAGAACCUCCCCUUGGCGGUCAUGAUCCUCGAACGGCUGUUCAGCUUCGAAGCCUCAGUACUGUUUUAAAACGUCUAAAAGAAAUCAUGGAAGGAAAAAGCCAGGACAGUGAUCUGAAGCAAUACUGGAUGCCAGACAGCCAGUGCAAGGAGUGCUAUGACUGCAGCGAGAAAUUUACCACCUUUCGCCGGAGGCACCACUGCCGGCUGUGCGGGCAGAUUUUCUGCAGCCGCUGUUGCAACCAAGAAAUCCCUGGGAAAUUCAUGGGUUACACAGGUGACCUCCGAGCUUGCACUUACUGCCGUAAGAUAGCCUUAAGCUACGCUCACUCCACAGAGAGUAACUCCAUCGGGGAAGACUUGAAUGCUCUGUCUGACUCUGCCAACUGUGUGUCAGUACUGGAUCCUGGGGAACCGCGGACUCCGGUUGGCAGCAGAAAAGCCAGCCGCAACAUAUUCCUCGAAGAAGACCUUACCUGGCAAAGCUUGAUUCACCCAGACUCUUCAUCCUCCACUUUAUCGACACGUCUUGGAUCAGUUCAGGAGGAAGCAGGGAAGUCUCCUGCUCGGAAUAGAUCAGCCAGCAUUACCAACCUGUCCCUGGAUCGCUCUGGAUCGCCCAUGGUCCCUUCCUAUGAGACAUCUGUCAGUCCACAAGCCAACCGCACAUAUGCCAAGGAGGCCAACGAGGACGAGCGCAAAAUUCUCCUGGACUCAGUCCAGCUAAAGGACCUGUGGAAGAAAAUAUGCCAUCACAACAGUGGCAUGGAGUUCCAGGAUCAUCGCUAUUGGCUGCGAACGCAUCCCAACUGUAUCGUGGGGAAGGAGCUGGUCAACUGGCUCAUGAGGAACGGCCAUGUCACUACCAGAGCUCAAGCUAUUGCAAUUGGUCAGGCUCUGGUAGACGGUCGCUGGCUGGAUUGUGCCAGCCACCACGAUCAGAUUUUCAGAGAUGAAUAUGCGCUCUACAGACCACUGCAGGUCAAGAAAUGUAGCAAGAAGGCUGUGAAACCUUCCAUGAAAAGAAAGAGCACAGAAUUUUCUGAAACUCCUUCUCCAGAUAGUGAUUCGGUCAACUCCGUGGAGGGCCAUUCUGAGCCGUCGUGGUUCAAAGACAUCAAGUUUGACGACAGCGACACAGAGCAGAUUGCAGAAGACGGAGAUGAUAACUUGAACAAUUCUGCCAGUCCUAGCAAGCGCACCUCAGUCAGCAGCUUCCAGUCUGCCAUGGACAGCGACUCAGCUGCUUCCAUCAGCCUGAACGUGGAGCUGGACAACGUGAACUUCCAUAUCAAGAAGCAUUCCAAGUACCCACACGUGCCCCCUCACCCUGCCGACCAAAAAGAGUACCUGAUUGCCGACAACGGAGGGCAGCAGAUGAUCUCAAUAAGCGACGCUUUUAUCAAAGAAUCGCUGUUCAAUCGGAGAGUUGAAGAAAAAUCCAAAGAGCUGUUUUUCACACCCUUGGGAUGGCACAACAGCAGCCUGGACCUUCUGAGGGAGGAGAAUGGGGAAAAACAAGCCAUGGAGAGGCUGCUCUCAGCUAAUCACAACCACAUGAUGGCGCUACUGCAGCAGCUGCUCUACAACGAGUCCUUGUCCCUUUCCUGGAGGGAUAUGAUUGUGCCCGUGGUCUGCCAGGUGGUUCAGACAGUCCGGCCCGACGUCAAGAACAGGGACGAUGACAUGGACAUCCGUCAGUUUGUCCAUAUAAAAAAAAUUCCAGGUGGAAAAAAAUUUGACUCAGUUGUGGUGAAUGGCUUUGUUUGCACCAAGAACAUAGCACAUAAAAAGAUGAACUCCUGUAUCAAAAACCCCAAAAUUCUUAUGCUGAAGUGCUCCAUCGAAUACCUCUACCGAGAAGAAACAAAAUUUACCUGCAUAGAUCCCAUUGUCCUUCAGGAAAGGGAGUUCCUGAAGAACUACGUUCAGAGGAUAGUGGAUGUCAGGCCAACUCUGGUUCUCGUUGAAAAAACUGUGUCCCGUAUUGCCCAAGACAUGCUGCUGGAACAUGGCAUCACUUUGGUCAUUAACGUCAAGCCGCACGUCUUAGACAGAGUAAGCCGGAUGACUCAAGGAGACGUGCUAAUGUCAAUGGAUCAGUUGCUGACCAAACCACACCUGGGAACCUGCCACAAAUUUUACAUCCAAGUGUUUCAGUUGCCUAAUGAGCAAACGAAAACGCUGAUGUUUUUCGAAGGCUGCCCCCAGCACCUGGGCUGCACCAUCAAGCUGCGUGGCGCGGGGGAUUACGAGCUGGCUCGAGUGAAGGAGAUCCUUAUUUUCAUGAUCUGCGUGGCUUAUCAUUCCCAACUGGAGAUCUCCUUCCUUAUGGAUGAGUUUGCUAUGCCUCCAAUGUUGGCCAGACACGGCUCCUUUCACAGUCUGCCUGAAGGGCAGGAGGAAGAAAACGGGCAGCAAGAUACGUUGAACAGAGAAAGCAGCACAGCCGACAUGGCCCUUGACAAGCUGCCCGUUACCUCAGAAUUGGUGUCUUCAGAUGAGAUGGGCUCCCUGGAACAAAGGACUUUGACAGAAGAGGACGACCAGGAUUUGGGCGAUCUACCAGCAAUUGCCUCCCAGAAACAGCACAUGCACUUCUUAAUGAAUUCUGCAUAUAGAGCCCCUUUUGUAGCACCAGUGUUGGUGCCAGAGACAUUGUUACCCCUUGAGCUGACUGACCAACACUUGGGGAUUUUGGACAGUGAGCCUCUGGAGAGUCUGAGGCACAUGGAUGACUUCCAGGAGCCCAAAAGUCAGAUCAGGGAAUUUCGGGACCCCCUGCAGGAUGACACUGGAUUGUAUGUUACAGAGGAAGUGACGUCUUCAGAAGACCGGCUCAAAACCUUCUCUUUGGCUUUUAAGCAAGAGUUGAAGGACAUUAUCCUCUGCAUCUCCCCUGUCAUCAAGUUCCGCGAGCCCUUCCUGUUGACGGAGAAAGGCAUGCGCUGCCCCACCAGGGAGUAUUUCUUGGAGCAGGUCUAUGUGUCUCCUCGGCUCAACAAGGAGUACAAGGAGAUGGACGGCAGAAGGAAGAAGCAGCUGUUAAGGGACCUGUCUGGGUUGCAAGGCAUGAAUGGAAGCGUCCAGGCCAAGCCUGUGCAGAUAUUACCUUCCCACCAGCUUGUCAGCACCCGGAUCGCUGAGCAUCUGAACAGCAGCCAUAGUCUGGCCAGAAUGUUGGCCGACUUCCGGGCCAGAGGAGGAAGGAUUGUGCAAAAGGACUCCGACCCAUUUGCUCAGUCUUCUAAAGAGACAUCCGGCAUUAAAUUUGGACUCAGGAGUGAUGACGACGACAGAGGGUUUAUUCAGAAUGAAUCCUUAUGGUCUCAUAAAGUGGACUGUCUUAGCCCUGCAAACCACCAGAGGCUCUGCGUUUUGUUCAGCAGCUCUUCAGCCCAGUCCAGCAAUGCUCCAAGUGCCUGCGUUAGCCCAUGGAUGGUGGUUAUGGAGUUCUAUGGGAAGAAUGAUCUCACCCUGGGUGUGUUUCUAGAAAGGUAUUGCUUCCGGCCUUCCUACCAGUGCCCGAGCAUGUUCUGUGAAACCCCAAUGGUACAUCACAUCCGUCGCUUUGUCCAUGGGCAAGGCUGCGUCCAGAUCAUACUGAAGGAGCUGGACUCCCCGGUGCCAGGCUAUCAGCACACAAUUCUAACCUACUCCUGGUGUAGGAUGUGCAAGCAGGUAACACCAGUAGUUCCGCUUUCCAAUGACUCCUGGUCCAUGUCCUUUGCCAAAUACCUUGAGCUGCGCUUUUACGGGCACCAAUACACCCGAAGGGCCAACGCGGAGCCCUGUGGCCACUCCAUACAUCACGACUACCACCAGUACUUCUCUUACAAUCAGAUGGUGGCCUCUUUCAGUUUUUCUCCUAUACGGUUGCUAGAAGUGUGCGUUCCGAAUCCCAAGAUCUACAUAAAACGUCAGGUUCCACAUAAGGUUGCCAUGCUUCAAGACCUGAAGGAUUUUUCUCAAAAGGUUUCUCAGGUAUAUAUUGCCGUUGAUGAGCGCCUCACCUCUCUGAAAACAGAUACUUUUAGCAAAUCAAGAGAGGAGAAGAUGGAGGAUCUUUUUGCCCAAAAGGAGAUGGAGGAAGUUGAGUUUCGCAACUGGAUAGAGAAAAUCCAAGCUCGGAUGCUUUCUUCGUCCCUUGACACUCCUCAGCAGCUGCAAUCAGUUUCUGAAUCUCUAAUAGCCAAAAAACAGAGCCUCUGUGAGAUGCUGCAAGCUUGGAAUAACAGGUUACAAGAUCUCUUCCAGCAAGAGAAAGGGCGGAAACGCCCCUCCGUGCCGCCUAGCCCUGGGAGACUGAGGCAAGGGGAAGACAGCAAGAUCAGCUCAAUGGAUGCCUCUCCUCGCAAUGUUUCUCCAGCACUACAAAAUGGCGAGAAAGAGGACCGUUUCUUGACAACCUUGUCAAGCCAAAGCUCCACAAGCUCAUCCCUUCUCCAGCUCCCUACCCCUCCGGAAGUCGUGUCAGACCAGCUGACAGGAGGCACCUCCUUUGCCAAUGCGCAGCAGUCAGAAGCAGACAUCGCUAGCGGCUCGGAAGAUGUCUUUGAUGGGCAUUUGCUGGGGUCCACAGACAGCCAGGUGAAAGAAAAGUCCACCAUGAAAGCUAUCCUAGCUAAUCUGUUACCUGGAAAUAGCUACAGUCCCAUCCCAUCUCCUUUUGAGCCUGACAAGCAUUACUUAAUGUAUGAGCAUGAACGUGUCCCUAUUGCCGUCUGUGAAAAGGAACCAAGUUCCAUCAUAGCCUUUGCUCUCAGCUGUAAGGAAUACAGAAAUGCCUUAGAUGAAUUAUCCAAAGUGUCUCUGAAGAGCAAUCCUGAAGAGGCACUCCAAACUAACAGUCUGUCUGAAAGUAGAGCGAAGAACAGCAGUCCAGUUCGACUACCUGAGACGAAUAUGGGGCAGUCAAGCCAAACAGCUGAGGCAGAGCAGCCAAAGAAGCCAUAUGGAGUUCUGUCCUUCUUCCGUGGUACAGGAGGGAAGAGCCCUGAACUCUCUUCUCAGAAAAAGGAGACCUUGCGGGGAGCAGACAGUGCCUACUAUCAGGUUGGGCAGACAGGCAAAGAAGGGGGAGAGAACCAAAGUGCAGAGGCGCAAGAUGAAGCAGAUGGAGGUGAUGCACAAAAGAAACAGCUGGGAAAUCCACAUGUUGAACUCCAAUUCUCUGAUGCCAAUGCCAAGUUCUACUGCCGGAUUUACUACGCGGGAGAGUUCCAUAAAAUGCGUGAAGUGAUACUUGGGAGCAGCGAAGAAGAUUUCAUCCGUUCCCUCUCUCACUCUCUGCCCUGGCAGGCCCGGGGAGGCAAAUCUGGAGCUGCUUUUUAUGUGACUGAAGAUGACCGAUUUAUCUUGAAGCAGAUGCCUCGCCUUGAAGUCCAGUCCUUUCUAGACUUCGCCCCACACUAUUUCAUGUACAUGACUAACGCGGUUCAGCAAAAGAAGCCAACAGCUUUGGCCAAGAUUCUUGGGGUUUACCGGAUUGGUUAUAAGAACUCUCAGAACAACACGGAGAAGAAGCUUGACCUGUUGGUCAUGGAAAACCUCUUCUAUGGCAGAAAGAUGGCUCAGGUUUUUGACCUGAAAGGCUCCUUACGGAACAGGAAUGUGAAGACGGACACGGGGAAAGAGAGCUGUGAUGUUGUUCUGCUGGAUGAAAACCUCUUGAAGCUUGUGCGGGACAACCCCUUGUACAUCCGUUCUCACUCCAAGGCCGUGCUCAAGGCUUCCAUCCACAGUGAUUCCCAUUUCCUUUCCAGCCAUCUCAUCAUUGAUUAUUCUCUUCUUGUGGGCCGGGAUGAUACCACUGACGAACUUGUGGUUGGGAUUAUUGAUUACAUUCGCACAUUUACUUGGGACAAAAAGCUUGAGAUGGUGGUUAAGUCAACAGGCAUUUUAGGAGGACAAGGUAAGAUGCCAACGGUAGUAUCUCCAGAACUGUACCGGACGAGGUUUUGUGAAGCAAUGGACAAGUAUUUUUUGAUGGUGCCAGAUCACUGGACAGGGCUGGGCCUGAACUGCUAAGGUAAGGCACCUCCUCGGGGCAUGGGAUGGGACGCCGCCUUCUAAUUAAUUAGUAAAGAACUCGAGCGAAGGCUGUCCUUCCACACGUCCAGCCCCCAACUCAGUGUCUUCAAUAGCAGCUAAAAGAUCUUCAGCCACUGCCUGCAGAAACUGGCGUAUCAAAAGAAGCAGGCCUGCACUUUUGGUGCUGGAAUGUUAACGCAAAAGGCCGGAGGAGAGUCUUCAGAAUCUGAGCGGGACUCUUAUCUUUGGAAAGACAAAGGUGCUCCCAUCAAAUGCAUUGGCCCCAAACGAAGCCAGGAUGAGCCUUCCACAGAUUACGGUCAAUCCCAUUGGAGUUCCUGAUGACGUCUUACACAGAAGGCUCUCGCACCACAGAAUAAAGUGUCUUAAUAGGAAACAACAGUGGGCAUGUUGGCCCCAAAUCAGACUGUUGCAGCUUGUUGCAGUGAGGAUAUUACAGUGUCUUUAAAAAGCAUCACAAUCAUGAGGAGCUCUGUACAUCUCUUACGAAUGCCGCUGCUGUCAUGAGGGUUGGUUUUCUGUUAAGCGUUAUUAUUGUGUGUUCUCUCUGUUAUGCACUGAUGUCAUUUUGCAGGUUUCCAAUGAGCAGUAUCAGAGGAUUUUAUCAGCGUUCCACUCCCAUCAUCUGAAGCCUUGCUUUUCUUUUAAUGGUGUCAAACUUCCAGGCAGUCAAAAAUUUUUACUAAAGGGCAGCUUCAGUAAUGGCAGCUUGGAUUUUAGCGUACAGCGGUAAAUAGAACUGCCCUCUUUUCAAAUGAAAUACACUAGCAAAAUAAAUUUUCUCCAGAAGAUGGUCCUUGUCUAGCUACUGCAUUUGUAUAUUGAAAAGACCUUCUCCCCAAUCCACGAGGUACACUUGGUUGUUUUUCGUUAGUACUCCCCCUCCCCCCUUUAAAUGGCUGCCUUAAAGAAUCAAGUCUGUAGUGUCCGUUCUCCCUGGUUUGGUUUUGUUUUUCAUUUCAGCACCAUUUUGUAGAACAUAAUAGGUCUCUCUACUGAGCACACACAGGUUGUAUAAACAAACAGCUGAACUUAGAUGGUGUGAGUCAGCCAUAGGUAUGUGGAGAUUGGGGUGUUUUUGCUACCUGAGAAUAAGCACUUAUGAUUAGUUGUUUUGUUUUGUUUUUUUGUAAAUAUGAAACAUUUACUUUACUUUUUACAUAAUAACGGCCAGUAAAAAUAAGGGUGUGUUGUAGUUAAGGAGGCACGGCUGUCAUUGUCUCUGAACCUUAAUGAUUGUCUGGAAUAUUGGUUUGAGUACAGAUUGUAUGCAAUGGCUGAGAUUAGUUUAUCUUUAGAGUCCCUCUUCUCCCUGCAGCAGGAUUCCUCAAACCAAGGAUGGAGAGGAUUUUGGUCCUCCAGAUCUUGUUCCCCUAUGACCCCAUCCGCUCCAGCUGGCAUGGCCAGUGCUCAACCACAUUGGGAGUUGUUGUCCCAGCAUCCUCUGGGUUUCCCAACCCUUUGGCUACCAACCAUUAUGAGUGAAAAGUCUAUGGCCAUAAUCUGCCGCACUGCUGCGUUACCUCCCUGCAAAAACCUCCCACUCAAUAUAUGUGACCCCCUGUAUCAUGUAAAGUGGGUAGAGUUCUCUGUUGAAAGCCAAGAAGACAUCUUAAAAGCACAUCCAUUAAGCCAGCCAGGCAUAUAGGGUGAGAACGUUGACCUCUGUACAUCAGUUAGGAGUUUAGUUCUGGCUUAGCUUGACAGUGAAAGCACAGAGCUGUCAUAUCUGGGGCUAGCCUGUUACAGCCUUCCCCAAACUGGUCUGCCCCAGAUGUUCUGCACUUCCAACACCCAUCAGAACCCAGCCAGCAUGGCCAAUAUUCAGGGAGUUGUAGUCCAAAACUCUGGAGGGCAUCAGAUUGGGGAAUUGUGUGGGUUUUCAGUGUACACCUUGGAGGAAUGGUUCAACUCUUAAUUUGAUUUCCAGCCGUUGUAUUAUUUUGCUUUGUUCAAGUCUGCGGUUGUAUGACCUUAUAUAUGAAACCUGAUAACCAGUUUCAGUAAAUGAGUAUUGUAGUUGAGCUUCGGCCACUUUUACAUUCCCUAUUUCUCUGCUGACCUUCAGCUUUGAGUGCUAUGAAAACAUUCCUUAAUUAAGAAAGAUGCUGUCAUCCAUCCGAGUCUCUAGAUUAAUUAGCAGUAUUAACACAAAGCCGGAAUAAAUUUUAAAUUUGGGGUUGACUUGCUGCUUGAGUUUUCAAGAACAAAGUGGCCUUCGGGGGGGGGGGGGAGCUGCUUCCAAAAUAGUUUUGGUAACUGGCAGGUUUAUAUGCUAUAACUAUGGUUUGUUAUGGGGUAUGUCUCACAAGGGCCAGGCUGUGCGUUGCAGGACAGUUUAUUUCAUUCAUAUUUUGAUCCUGUUCAUAUGAGAAGCUCCGGAAGGCUGUGGUAUGCUUUUGCUCUCAGAGCUGGGCUGGUAGAAAACUAUUUGAACUGAUGGAGGGCUGCAAGUUGAGUUGAGUUGAGUUGGAAAGGCAUGGCUUUGUCAUCUCCCACCCUCUGCAUGCUCCAUUUCAUGUAGAAAAGAUUCUACGUCAUAUGUGAAUAGAGCAGAAAUGUGUACAAAUGAUGUCUCGUCUGCUUAAUGCUGACCAAGUCAGGUGUGUGUUGCUAUUGGCUUAGUGGUUGUGCUGAAGAAUCAAAUGGCAAGUGCUUUGAGGGCAGGAGGAAGAAGGCAAGCUUCCUUUGAUUGCAAAGGCAGGGAUAUGGCAUGUGAGAGGCACUUGAUCUAAUCACAUUGACUUAACCAAUGAAAAGCAUUUUCACCAGCUCUUCCCGUGUCUAAAAAUGUGUGCCAGUUACAACCAGGGCAACUUGCUCUGAGAGAAGAGCAGGAUUCCUGGAGCAUUUCCCCAUUUCCAUGAUCUUAUCCUGACAAGUAACAUACUGCUGGUUGUUCGGAUGCUGCCUUCGGAUAGAGCAUUUGUGGGUGUUCAAUGGAUUUCUUAAAAUGCAUAGUGAGAGAGAGAUUGAGAGGCCUGGUCUGCACAAACAACAGAAUGUGAUGGUGGAAUCCUGAAAUAGUAUCACCUCAGACUGAAGAUGAGAUGGUGGCGGUCUAACUUCACAGCAUGUCCAUGUUAAAAAAAAAAAAAACACCCUGCAGGGAGAAAACGUAACACGCCAAGGAAAGAGGUCCAGCUCAUCUUCUCUCCCCGGUGUAAUGGGUUUUUUAUUUACAUACAUUGAAAACGUGAUCCCUGACCUAUAGCAUUGUUCACUCUGUUGUAUGCAUAAGCAGACACUUGCACACAGAGUCUGUAAUGAAUAUCUCUCUAGGACGAAGGUUGGUAACUAGCACAAUCAUUGCCGGCUAAGGAUGGACAAGCAGCUGAAACUUGACAGCCUCUUUUUGUAACGUUCACUAAGAAGUGAUGGGCUGGGGUUUUGUAUCAUCAUAGGAACAUACUAAAAUCAAAGCAGCUGAGUUUGGCUAGGUUAGCUUAGCUUUUUUCUAAAUUGGCCUUUCCAUUUCAAGUUCUCCAAUACUGACCAUCUGCAUUUCCUAUAUGUAGAGUGUUCUUAAAUAGUUCCUUUUACACAUUUAACUUCUAUUGCUGCAAGGAACAGGCCUGAAACUUUUAGUGCCAAGCACCUGAAACUUGGUGGGUUAUUAUGAAAUUCCUGGCCUGGUUUUUUUUUUGGGGGGGGGGGGGUAAAAAAUCAGGUGCUAGCACAGCAGUAUUUUCUAGAAGCAUUUAUGUUGUACAGUGUUCAUGUUUUGGACAGUGCAAUAGGUUCCUUUUAAUCUUGCCAUGUGGAUUCCACAUAUGACUCCGUAAGAGUAAAUAACCGUCUACAACUUACUGAGCAGAUGUGUUCUGUUAAUUGCUGUUUUGUUCGGGGAAAUAAGAAUGGGCCAUUUGAUUUUGUUGGAGUUUUUUUGGCCUUUUAAUGUUAUUGUCUGUAUAGUUCAGUCUGUAAAUGGCAGGCCAUGCUUCUCUGGAAUGUACAGAAAAUGGCAUUGUACUGUAUAUGAACAGUUGAGGCCAGGGGGAAUGUUGCAUUGUGUUAAGAUGCCACAAAAUAAAAUGGGGAAGGAGUAGAAUCAAUACCGCACACUAGUUGUAAACUAUACCGAAAGCACUUAUUUAAUGUAUCAUAAUGUAUAUAUUUGUACCCUACGUUGGUUAUGGAUGUAUUUUUAUGAUAUUGUCAUGCUAAACUAAUUAUGUUGGCUCUUUCAUUUACUAAAUUGUACAUAGACAGAAAAUAAAGAGUACCUACUGUA